AGAUUGGAGUUUGAAACAUACAGACUUGUGGAAGAUGUCCCGUUCAAUCAGCAUGGUAUUUUACUGCUUCCUUCUUGCUUCUCUGGCGAUGGCAACCAUGGGCCAAAAUCGAUUUGCAAUGCAUGAUUUAACACUGAUGAAGAAUUUAAAUUCCUAUCCGCAUGGUGUUCACCCUUAUUUCAACUACUACUAUUACAACCAUCAACCGUUUGCUGAAAAUGUUCAACGCCAAGAUAUUUUUGCCAAGGACAAUAAUGAUCUGAAAGGAAAAUCUGAAGCUAUUGCCAGACAAGUUUCGCUUAUAAGCCUCCUGGGCUUGGACACCAUCUUAGCUUCAUUCGGCCUAUGUCCAACAACAUCAGGAUGAUUUAUAGAAGCUGGACCUGCUGGAGUUCUGGGUCCUCCUGGUCGUUAUAGUAGAACAAUUUUAAAAAACUUAAUAGCGAAAGGAAAUGGGGUAGAUGCUGUUCACAAUUCUUGAUGGAAAAGUAGUUGUGUCGGUGCUGGGAUUGAUAUUUAUCUUUAAAUUAUAUGAGUUAGUUUGUUUUAGUGCCAAUCUUAUGAUUAAAACGUAUCUGAAUUACCUACCACUUAACUUAAUAAUCCCUGUUUCAACGUUGAAAAAUACACGAAUAUAAUGAAUGCAAAA